CCCAUGGUCCCGUGUGUUUCGCCAAGCAGUUGACCGAACCUGGAAACGGAGCGGAGGAUGCUGCAAGGUUUUUGUAUUACCUUGUGAUCUCCAGUCCUCGAAAUGGAAGAGAACAAAGACAACAUUGUUUUUAAAGGUGUUGCCGAAAGGCUGACACUCGGCAUCACUCGAAUACUUGAGAACAUGCCAGGUGUGGUGGACGUGCGUUUCGUGGACAGGGAGCCUGCAGAGAAGAGAUGUCUGCUGUCAUGGGAACAGAAAAACACCUGCAUUUUGCCAGAGGACCUGCGAGACUUUUAUCUGACAACGGAUGGGUUUACACUAACCUGGAAUGUCAAACUGGACAAUGAAUGUGUGCCUGUAGGUUGCAUGAUGAUUAACAGUGUGGCUAAGCUGCGUCCUCUGGUCCAGCCGAUAUCACUCUUCUCUCUCCCUAAUGCACCCACUCUGGCUGACCUGGACUGGGAGGAGAACAGCACAGAAUGUGGGACAAAAGUUGGACACGCUGCGCCCCAUUUUGAUUCCCGGAGCCGCAUCUUUGAGGUUGACUCCUGUGGUGGGAGUGGCAAAGUGUGCCUGGUCUACAAAAACUGCAGCCCAGGUGUGGUGGCCCAGCAGAGUGAAAUGUGGUUUCUGGACCGCUCGCUGUGCUGGCAUUAUCUGACGCCAACCUUCACCUCUUACUAUCGACUGAUGAUCACCCACCUGGGCCUGCCUGAGUGGCAGUAUGCCUUCACCCCAUAUGGUCCAAGCCCCCAGGCCAAGCAGUGGGCAUCCUUGUACCAGCCCCUGACCUUCAACAGUGAGCCCAGCCUGGCUGAUCCUGCUGGGGAUGCCUUCCUCAACAAACUAGACCCCACCAAGGCUUUUAAAGGCAAAACCAAGACUCCUACCCCCAAGAAGAAGCAGUCAGCCCAGGGCAGCACAGGGGGCACUGCAAAGGGCCAAGGCAGCACAGGAAGACACGGUGGCCCAAAGCGGUGAGAAGCUCUCCAUCCAGUGGAGACUUGUCAGUUGACUACACUGUCUGUAAGACCAAAAAUGGCCUGGAAGAGCCGUCAGCUAAGUCAUGAUAAGGAGGACUUGGUGCAUUAGCAACCAUGCACUCCACAAGAGCAUGUUAUGUAAAAUCAAGGCUUGGUAAGGCAGAAAAUGACCUGAAGGAAUUGUUUUUACCUUUCAUUGUUAAUUGCCUUCAAAUGCUUCCACGAAACCCUCGCAAACAUAAUCCUAAUAUGUGGGAAAGCUUGGUGUUUAUGAUCUCUCCUAUAGUGAUAUCUCCUCUAGUAAUUACAUAUUCAUGGACUGAUAUCCGAAGGGUAUAUUCUCUGUGACAUUUUGGCCACAAAAUUAAUUUUCUUUACCCAGUGCCCUAGCAAAAUUAUUGAAAGGAUGUGUGUGUCCCUUUGGGCCCAAGCUGUACAGAACUCAGGGCACAUGUCUAUUUUUUUCAGUUGUGCUGCUAUCUUUUCAAGCCUUCAGGAGCCAACUCCAGCUGUUUCUAGUUUAUUUUCAAUAUGUCUGUUAUAAGUGCAAUGUAUGGCUAUUGUGUGUGUGUGUGUUUUUUUUUAAGGCGCACUGUAGUUGUUAGGCUCAUUUCGAUGGUCCUUUUGUUGUCUGCUAUGUAACAUGAUAUUCAUGGUUCCUUCCAUGGUUAUGUCAGCUGGUUUUGCCUCAAUAAUGUGAAUGUAAGAGAGAAGCCAACAAGUUUGUUUCUGUUCUUUCUUGUGUACUUAGGAGUUCAGCAGCCUUGCCUGAAACUGAUUGUGCUUAGCUUACCGCCUAUGGCUGCCAACACUGUAUGCUGUAAAGUGCAGGACGUAGAGAAAGUCACCCUGAGUAGGAAUUGUAACAGCUAUAGAUGUUAGUCAGCACCAUGGCCCAAAAUAUCUCAUAUUGUAUAUAUUUUAUCUGUACAGUGGUUUCUUUGUUACAGUAACUCUAGUUACGUUGAGUAGCUUAACGUAUUGUGAGAUUCUGAUGUCCUGCUCUUUUUUCUCUUUUCAAAACAGAUUUUCCUAUUUUUUUUUUUAAUCAUUGCCCUGUUUGAACAAAAUCUUGGUUGAGCCGUUUUCAUUCAGAUUCCAGUUUUCCCAUAUCAGUCCUGCUCAUGUUCGAUAUCUAAGCAAUGUCCCCUUUGGUCUUUGUUUAUCGGUUUCACCAUGAUGGAAUGUUUCAGCUGCAUGUAAUCAUCCAUGUAGCCAGAUACACACAUCUCAUAGUUGGAGGUCUCACACACACACAUCAGCACAGAUACGGCUCUGCUUCUCCAGAGGGGCAGUCUCCUCUUCUGGCUCCUGUGCCAGCUUUUCUUCCUGAUCAGAAGGGGAAGGGUGGUGCAUUUCGACAAAGGCCUUGUACACGCCUGCACCCAGUACACCCCCUACAAGGGGGGCGAGUAGAGGCACCCACCACCACCCGUUCCCAGCUCUGUGUGGGGAAAGACAGAGAUCUUGAACAAAUAAAAGCUAACAGGGCUAUGCCACAAAAGCAUCAAACACAGGAAAAUGUGUCCAACAAAAGGCGUGUUCAGUCUAUACCAAAAUGGUAUAUACAAGAAAUACAUGAAUUCUACACACUAUCUACCCUUGCAAAAAAUAGAUAUUUCAGUUUUUCAGCAAGAAUCAUUCUUGCCUGAGCAAAACCAUUGAACCAAAAUAUUCUCAAUUUUUUUACAAUUUCAAAGCCCAUCUCAAAAGGAAAUGUGUGGAAAAAAGUAAUAGUAAUUUAAUGCUUUACAGAGAUACUUUGCUUUUAGGCUGUUGGUUAACACUGACCCCCUAACACACUUCACAUGAAGUGUUAAAACCAAACCAUCCCCCAACACAAACACAUUUUCGUCAAUACCUGAAAACGUCAGAACCCCAGCCUGCUAUGGCAGUGAAGACCCUGGGUGCCAGGUCUCUGGUGGGGUUGAUAGCAUAGCCGCUGUUGCUGCCCAGAGAGAUGCCAACGAGAAGGACCAGAAGACCCACCGCCAGAGGCUCGCUGCCCGCCACAGCUGGCUUGUUCCUCUGGUCAGACAGAGCCAUCAGGCUCAGCAGCAGCAUGGCUGUGCCAAACACCUGGUGCGCACAGGACAAACACCACGUAACACACACAGGGUUAGCGGUAUGUAAACCAAUACAGAAUGAAAAGGGUUAGAGUGGUACAAGUCAGGUGAUCUAGUGAUUUGUAGUGCUUUGCUGAUAAUCUGAGAAUCCAGUGUCAUGGCAACCUGGUCAAUGAAUCCAGCCUGUAUGGAGAUGUAUGGUGCAGGAUAGGUGGCAAAUAUCCCAGCUGUGGCCCUAUCACCAGUCACAGUCAGGUUCCCACCACAGUAGGUAUAUAUUGCAUCUGAAAACAGCAGAAAUGUUGACAGUGCAGUCAGACACGUGACAACAAAUAAAAGGAAAGUGAAAUAUACUUAAUCAGUUUCUGAGAAUUUUUCAUAAGAGAGUUCACGUUAAUGUGGUGCUAUGUGCAGUGAGCCCUCACCAUAGU